GACAAAGGGAGCGCGCGCCGCGAGCUGUCGCGUCUGGUCGUGGUGUGUUGGAGCUGCGGUUACCUUGUGGGGUCUCCGCCGCCGCCGCCCUACCUUCCUCUUCCCCAUCUUCUUCUCUCGGUCCCGGGAGCCCCCGCGCGGAGUGAGUAGCGCGAGGCGGUGCGAAGGGAGAGUUGCGGGUGCUGAUCGUGGUGCUUGAGCAGAGCCGUGGUUGGUGACAGCAUGACGAGCGAGGUGAUAGAAGACGAGAAGCAAUUCUAUUCCAAGGCCAAGACCUACUGGAAACAAAUCCCACCCACGGUGGACGGCAUGCUUGGGGGGUAUGGCCACAUCUCCAGCAUCGACAUCAACAGCUCCCGGAAGUUUCUGCAGAGGUUUUUGAGGGAAGGCCCGAACAAGACAGGAACGUCCUGCGCCCUGGACUGUGGAGCUGGCAUUGGGAGGAUCACCAAGCGGCUGCUCCUGCCGCUGUUCAGAGAGGUGGAUAUGGUCGACGUAACGGAGGACUUCCUGGUUCAAGCCAAGACCUACCUGGGGGAGGAGGGCAAGAGGGUGAGGAACUACUUCUGUUGUGGGCUCCAGGACUUCACCCCAGAGCCGGACUCUUACGACGUGAUCUGGAUCCAGUGGGUGAUAGGCCACCUGACCGAUCAACACCUGGCCGAGUUCCUGCGGCGCUGCAAGGGCAGCCUCCGCCCCAACGGUAUCAUCGUCAUCAAAGACAACAUGGCCCAGGAGGGCGUGAUUCUGGAUGACGUGGACAGCAGUGUGUGCCGGGACCUGGAUGUGGUCCGCAGGAUCAUCUGCAGCGCAGGCCUCAGCCUCCUGGCUGAGGAGAGGCAGGAGGACCUCCCCGAUGAGAUCUACCACGUCUAUAGCUUUGCCCUGAGAUGAGCCAGGGCUGGCAGGAGAAACUGAGGAACCACAGUCCGGGUGGGGGGAGCUGGCAGCUGGGCAAGAUCCAGGCGCCACACUGGCGGUUCGUGAGUGUCGAGGCAUCACUAAAUAUAGCUGUCUGCCGUCCACUCAU